AUGGCUCGAAUGAAAGCGGAAGCUCGACGGUAUUUCUGGUGGCCCAAUCUCGAUAGUAAUAUUGAACAUGUCGCCAGGAAUUGUCGAGCUUGUACGGAAAACUUCAAACAAACGGUCAAAGUUCCAAUGAACCAAUGGUCGCCACCUGAUCAUCCGUGGCAACGUAUACAUAUCGAUUUUAUGGGUAAAUUUAUGGGUUUAUAUUUUCUGGUUAUUAUCGAUGCACAUUCCAAGUGGGUGGAAGUGAUUACAAUGACCACUAUCACGUCACAAAUCACGAUCAAUGCCUUGUCAUCUUUGUUUGCUUGUUUCAGUCUUUGCCAAAUGAUUCUAUCCGAUAACGGUACUCAAUUUACGUCAUCGGAAUUUCAAGAUUUUUGCUCUCGUAAUGGUAUCGAUCAUGUCCGUACAGCACCAGCACACGCCCAAUCAAACGGACGAGCUGAAAGGUAUGUUGAGACCGUGAAAUCUGCAUUCGCGAAGAUUGUUCAUGAGGGAGGCAGUGUGACAGAAGCUGUGAUGAACUUCAUUUUCAAUUAUCGCACGACUCCUCAUGCGACAACUGGCCAAACACAAGCCGAGUUGUUUUUAAAACGCCCAUUGAGGACUGUACUCGACUUAUUACGUCCCAAUUAUGCAGAAGUCACACGCUUUGCACAUAAUCGGUAUCAAUUCAAUUUUUGA